UUCAAAUAAUCAAGUGCGAAAGUGGGAACUGAUGCGAAUGCGUACGAAUGGUUGUCUUCAUGAUAGAUUUGACAGACAUUAAUUCGAUCUAAAAUACUUUUAGUUAUUAUAUAAUUAAACAUAUAGGUAUUUUACAACAGAUGCCAAGCGUGAAAGAUGAAUCAGAAGCAGAAGGGGAAGAAAUGUCACACGAUAGCAAUGAAAGUAAUCAGAGUUCUGCAUCAUGCGACAGCAGUGCAGACCAUAGCGAUAGCGAUGAUUCUUCAGAGAUGGAUGAGGAUGAAUGCGAAAGACGACGCAAUGAAUGUAUGGAAAACUUAGUAGAUUUAGAAAGACAAUUUACACUCCUUAAAGAGCAACUCUAUCGUGAGAGGAUUACUCAAGUAGAUACAAAACUAGGAGAAGUUCGAAUUGGAAAAUCUGAAGAAUAUUUAAUACCACUAGAACGUUUAAAAGAGAAUAUGAAAACAAAGACAGAAGUUGCUGGAAUAUUAAAACAAUACAGGUUACAGAAUAUACAAAACAAAUUUUUGGCAGAGGAGCAGGCUGCAUUACAAAAUUUCGAAAGUGAGAAAGAAUUUAUCUGGGAUUGCAUUCAUAACGAUUUGCAAGACAAAAUUCGAAGGUUGGAAGAAGAUAGAAAUAAUGUUGAUAUUCAUGCCGAUUUAUGGCUAAACUCGACUGGUAGAAGACGUAGAAAUCACACUGAAAGGAGAAGAGCAGUUUCCGUUGCUGGGCCUUACAUUGUUUACAUGCUAAACGAUGCAGAUAUUCUUGAGGAUUGGGCGUUGAUAAAGAAGAGUCUAACCAGCCGAAAAACUGAGAUGAUUUAAAUGUUUAAACAAUUUUUGAACAAACAUUAUUAAUUUGCAACAUUGGUACUUUCUUUACAUUUGUAGUUCUCUUAUAAAGAGCUUUUCUGUGCAAAACUUCGAUCUCAACAAGAAUUCUAAAUUACAAUGUGACCUGUGAAAAAGUUCCAUGAAACAAUAUCUCUGCCUUUCAGUAAACUCAUUAAAUGACAAAUACCGUUACCAUAGUAUCCAAUUUA